GGGAGAGUCGCCCAACUGACUCACACACAAUACAAACACUCAUUUCACCGCACUAUCAAACACACACAAACCUCAACACCACCACCACACCGCCACCGUAUUCGUUAAUUACAUAUAUACAUACAACCUAUACAUGCAAAAAAAAUACAUGAACAAAAACUGGAAAUAAGUGAUGCGAUCCACCACGGCAAGGUGGCGGUGCAGAUUAUCAUUCAAUGUUUCCGGUGAAAAAUCAAAAGCUAGAGAGGUCUCAUUCCUCGCUUGUGCUGCUUUUAUUAUUAUAAUUAAUGGCUGCUGCUAAUGGCUUUCAUCAACAUCAAUUGCAAAUGAGCUGGCAGAAACUAUUAAAAAAACGUAAAUCAGGUCCUCCGUUAGGGUUCAGAAAUCUCGGUAAUACUUGUUACUUAAACUCCGUUCUUCAGUGCUUAACAUAUACUCCGCCGCUCGCUAAUUUCUGCCUUCAAUCUCAACAUUCCGAUUUUUGUGAAUCUGUUGCGCAGCAGGAUAAGAAGAGUGACUGUCCCUUUUGCUUACUAGAGAAGAGAAUAGCUCGUUCUUUGAGCAUAGACUCAACACUAGACACACCUACUAAGAUCAUAGGUGGAUUGAAGAUUUUUGCAGAGAAUUUUUGUUUUGGAAGGCAAGAGGAUGCACACGAGUUUCUGCGAUAUGUCAUUGACGCUUGUCAUACUACAUGUCUUCGCUUGAAGAAGUUGCAGCAGCAACGGAGGAAGUUUGUCAGUAAUGGAGGUGGUCAUGGCUUUGGUAGCAGUACUGUGGUUAAGGAGAUAUUUGGAGGUGCUUUGCAGAGCCAGGUGAAGUGUCUUUCUUGUGGACAUGAGUCUAAUAAGGUUGAUGAGAUAAUGGAUAUUAGCAUUGAUGUAUUAAAUAGUAGUUCUCUCAAGGAAGCUUUUCAGAAAUUUUUUCAAUCAGAAGUUCUGGAUGGUAAUAACAAAUACAAAUGUGAUAGUUGUAAAAAGUUGGUACGAGCUAAAAAGCAAAUGUCUAUUCUUCAGGCACCUAACAUCCUUGUAGUUCAGCUAAAGAGAUUUGAGGGGAUAUUUGGAGGGAAGAUCGACAAAAUAGUUACUUUUGAGGAAGUGUUAGUUCUUUCAAACUUUAUGAGCAAAACAAGCCAGGAUCCUCAUCCAGAGUAUAAACUUUUUGCCACCAUUGUGCAUUCUGGCUUUUCGCCAGAUUCUGGACACUAUUAUGCUUACAUCAAGGACACAAUUGGCCGUUGGUAUUGCUGCAAUGAUUCUUAUGUUUCCAUCUCAACCUUACAAGAGGUUUUCUCUGAGAAAGUCUAUAUCCUUUUCUUCUCUCGCACCAAACAGAGGCCUGCUCUACCUAAUAAAAGUUUAGAUACUAAUGGAACAAAGCCACAUGAUUGUAACGGAAAUCAUGCCUCCAAAGCUCCUAAAUCUGAUACUAUUGUGAAAUCUUCGGACUCAGAGUCACCGAAGGCUGACUCUGCGACAACUUUAGAGGUUAGCAAAGUGUUAAUUGGUCCUCGAAGGAAGCCAGUCAGUUUUGGAAAUUUUGGAGUCAAGAAGUUCCCCAAAAUCAUUGUUAAAAAUAAAGAAAACAAUGAUGGUAAUGGCGAUUCAAAAGCCUCACAAUCUAAGAAGACAAGUGAUACGAAGAUUCCAUUAGUAGAAGACAAGAAUGGAUCCAGUCAAAAUAAAUCUGUUGCAAAUGGUAACGCUGAGAGCCAAAGGAUCGGAGAUGAGUUUGUUGCAAACGGGUGUAAGACCAAUGGUAUAAGAAAUGGCAAAGAAUCGAUUCCAUUGGUGGAGGACAAGAAUGGAUUUUGUCAAAAUACACCUGUUGCAAAUGGAAACGCUGAGAUCGAAAGGAACGGAGAUGAGUUUGUUGCAAAUGGGUGUAAGAGCAAUGGUGUAAGAAACGGACCAUUGACUGGUAAAAUGCCUAAUGGCAUUUCUCAAAAUCUUCCUGAUAGGUCAGAUUCCAAGGGAAAACAUGACAAGCAGAACUCUUGUGAUUUGGUCGCCGAGGAUCAUCAGCUAGAAGCAAAACGCAACGAACUAAAAGAACUUCUUGGUAAAGAAGCUUCUUCUUUCCUGCAUGAGUGUGGCUUUAUGGAAAAGGUUGAGAGCUCUAUGCGUGACAUGAAGCGCAGUGCUCGAGAUGAAGGCAAUGAUACAUUACAGAGGAAUGAACUCAAGAGGAAAAUGAUAGCCGAUGCCAAGGCUACAUUCAUCUCACAAAUUCCCGAGGUUUUGAAAGCAGAUCUUGUCAAACGCAUCAGAGCUCAUAUUGAUCUAUAAAAGAAGGGCUGCAUGUGUGUAUUUGAUUUCAGAUUCCGAACUUAUAGGAGCUUUAGAUGGGACGUCACCAUAUCAUCUGUAUGUAUUUUAACGAGGCAUAUAGUAGUGGCGUGGCAACUAAAGAUGGUGAUGUCUCUGUAAUGGUAAAGUUCAUUAUCCUUUUAGAUUGUGAGGAAGUUGUUAAACUGAUUUUUGGAGGGGGGGUUGCUGAGAAGGUAUGUUUUUGAGUGAGGCCGGUGUAGCAGUGAGUUUAUUAGAACAGGAUAUGAGAUACAUAUAUACAUAUUCUUUCUGUAAAGUAACCUUUUUGACACAUAUUUAGUAUUAGAGAUGCAAUGCAGUUAUAACAA